AUGAUCUCGUGUUGUGACGUCACACCUGGCAGUCCUUCUACUGCCAGAGAGAACAUAGAACCACCGACACGGGGCCACCGACACGGGGCCACCGACACGGGGCCACCGACACGGGGCCACCGACACGGGGCCACCGACACGGGGCCACCGACACGGGGCCACCGACACGGGGCCACCGACACGGGGCCACCGACACGGGGCCACCGACACGGGGCCACCGACACGGGGCCACCGACACGGGGCCACCAACACAGGGCCACCAACACAGGGCCACCAACACGGGGGCCACCGACACGGAGCCAGCAACACGGGGCCACCAACACGGAGCCACCAGCUAUUGAUGGCUCGCCAGACUCUCGCAGACGACAGUCGAGGCUCAGCUGA